AUUUGCCAGUCUCAACAAAACUUUUCUAUUUUCUCUUGCCGGCCAAUUGUAAGGGACAUUAUUGUUUUUUUUUUCAUUCUAUUUAGAGAGCCACUUUAUGCGGCCUCUUUAUGGUUUUCUCCGUUGAGGUAUAUAUACCGGCAGUCUCGCUGGGACUCUGUACCAUUCAACACUAAUUGCAAAAGUUAAAGCAAUGGCAAGCUUCCGAGUGAGAUACGUCGGGUUGGUGUGGAUGCUGACUACGACGGUAAUAACGGCCUCGCAACGUUACCACGACUGUGUGCAAAAGAAGAACGUUGCACAAGCGCAGGAAGAGUGCGUACGGUAUCUGAGCAUACCGUGUGCAAGGUUAGCCGUCUACAACGACUACAUCUACCCGAACGAUACCGCAACGCAGUGCAUGGUACGGUGCAUGGGCAUCAACCUUGGCUGGUGGGAUGACACCGACGGUGUGCAGGAACCGGCCAUACGCCACUACUUCCAUCCGGAUCCGGACGACGAGCAGUACGAUCGCCGCACGUACCACUGCCUCAAAUCCCAACGGCUAGACUACCCGACGCCGCACGGCGAUGCGUGCGAACGUGCGUACGAGUCGUUCCGAUGCUACUACGAACAGUACGGCAACAUCGUAGUGACGCCUCAGUUUGUUCCACUAAGCCCGCUGCAGCUCUCGGAUGUAAUGGGGCAGUGUGCCAAAAUCCUGCAAACCCCCGGCACUGGAUUGGGUGCGUGCGGCAAAGCUGGGAAACCGUCCGAGCGGGACAUCGGUUGCCUAGCACGAUGUUUUCUGAUGCGCAGUGGACUGUACACCGAUCAGCACGGACCCAAUCUUGAUCGGCUGUACGUGCAGUGUAACAAUUAUGCGAACGAGACCAAAUUCCGUGAAACGACCGGCGCCUGCUACCGGCAGCUCAAGCUGGAAUGUAAGGAUAACUGUGUUCUGGUCGGUCGUUUCUUACGAGAGUGUUUCUACGAAGGAGGGGUCAAUAUUAAUAUCACUUUAGACCAAUUAGCAGCUAUAUUGAGUGUAGGCGUAACUGUUUUAGGAACUUUAAUCCCCGCUCUCUCCGGCAUCGCCGGUUCGGUUGCCUCCGGAGUCAUUCCGGUUGUCCCCGACGCCGGUUCGGUUGUCUCCGAAGUCGUUUCAUUAACGUAAAGGCCGGCUAUUUCAUACCCACAGAACGAUGAACUGUCCGCAAUAGUAUGUUGAUCACAAGUCACUCGAUACUCCCAAUCGUCACUUACACAAUUCACAGUAUAUCAUUUCACUAUAUAUAAAAAA